GGAUAGCCAUAUAAAAGAGUCUGCUCAGGGCAAGUUAGUGUUCUCCUGAGCUGACUUUCUUGUAGUUUGUUGUGUGGGUAACCAGAACCAACUGAACCAAGACAGCCACAAACUACAACAACCAUGCAGACAAUGGCCCUGCUCCACCUGUGUGGAGCACUCAUUUAUAUAAUUUUAGGUUCCCAACCAGCCAUAGCAGGCAAGUGUGGACCAUAUGCUUUCAACCAAGACUACUGCGCUGGUGUUUCAAGUUCACCAAUUCAAUCAAAUAGUAACUCUGCCUGUACAACAUCUCUGAAAGAAGCUGCAUGUUCGCAUGAUAACAUAACAGAUGAUGUCCUGGCACAUUACUUAUACUGCUUUGCUACAGAUGGAACCAGCCUUAUGGACCAGGACGGCUUUGUUGUACUAAUGCAUGAUAUCCCUCUCGCUGUAUUGGGAGAUGCAAUGGAUCUCUUCAGUGUGAUGAUAUCUGGCGAAGAGAGCUUCAACUCAGAUGCACAGCAUGUCAUCUUUACUGCAGUUUGGGAAAGACUGAAGAAUGAGCCAGAUUAUUUUGAUUCAACAUUUAUGACACACUGGUUUCAACAGAAGAUGCAUAUACUCCUUAAGGGAGUCACUGUAGAUCAACUUAACUGCAUGACACUGAAACAGAUAUCAUGCAACUCAUUUGAAGUUGUUGUACAAGCUUUGGAUGAUGUUUACUGCAAAUCAGAUGAUGCCGAAAAGAUAGCAAUUGCAGACUGGAUUUCAAGUACCCUCUCCUUGAUUGAGUGCAGCAAAUCCACGAGCAGUGAAUGGCUUCUGUCCAACUGGAAGAGUUUCAGCAGUGUAGUGAGCUAUCAAACACUAACUAGUGCCUGGUCAGAAUUUGAUGGGAGUUCAGUCAUUACUCUUCUCUAUCCAGAACAACUAGCAGAAUAUGCAAUAAGUAGUGGUGUUUGUGGUGUUUCAAGUCAGUCUAAUGCUGAUAUAUGUCAAGGAAUACACAAUAUUCUCACUCAAAAUAAUCUAGACUAUUUGGAUAAAUUUAUGACCACACUGUCCUCAACAGCAGCUCAGGCCAGUCAGCAACUUAACAUCACCUUUGCACGAAGUGUUCUAAAAACAACUUUUUUAAAACUAAAAUCAGACUCUUCAGAUGUUUGUGCUUCUUCCAUUCAAAGCUGGUUUCAAGAAAAGUUACAGAGUGUUAUGUGGUCUAUUAAUGUGGAAUUACUGGGACAGAUUCCAGAACCAAAGGACUGUAGUAGCUUCCAAGCAAUUUAUAAUGGAAUAAAUAUGGUCUAUUCAGACCUAGAUGAUGAUACAAAUAAACAGAUUGUUAUGAACAGAUUAUCAUUUCUUAAAGAACAGAAGAAAAAGGAAGGGGAUGCUUGCACAUACCUUUCAAAAGGAAGCAGACAGUGGCUUGAUGACAAUAUUGGACAUGGUGUUUAUUAUGUGUCCUUCUCUGACCUAAAGUACCUUAACCCCAACUUUGAUGGAAUGACUGCAGUAGAUGAAUUUAAUUCACAACAGUUGGCUGAAUUAAUGUUUGAUAUAAAUGUGUUCAACAAUCCUGAGACACUGGAACAAUCUUAUGAAGAACAGUUAAAAGUUAAAAAAAUCAUGGAUUCCUUGACACAACUUGAAACUCGAUCUAGUGGCAGUGUGGAAGUCUACAUGAUUCGAUUUUCUGAGCUUGCAUCCCAGGUGAAACUAGAGCAGAUUCAACAUGCGAAAGUCCGAGACAUAAUCUGGAAAAACUUAUAUGACAAUAUGAUAUCCAAAAUUAACACUUAUACUACAGAAGAAUUGAGAACAACAUGCAAUGUUUACCUCACCUACUUCUACUCUAGCAUAACUACAAGUCAGCUGAACUAUUUGCUUGUGUCUUCCUGUGAACAGCAGGAAAUUUUUGUAAGUGGUUUUGACAUUCCAUAUGAUUUUCUGCCAAAGGACAUUCAAGACGCAUUUGCACACUGGAUUUCCAACAGUCUGAAGUAUCUAAAAUGUGAUACUGAUAAUGUUGACUGGCUCCAUAUUCAUUAUAAGAGAUUCUCACAAAAUGAGAACAUAAUGACCUUACUUCAGCUUAAUCAAAAUAUCAAUGUGUUUGACCAUCUGAAUGUUCUUAGUGCUGAUCAAAUGGCAACUGUGGCUGUAUUCUCUGAUACGCUGACAAAUAUCACAAAAGUAAAAGAAAUCUUCAAUGAACUAAUAACCAGAAAUGGCAACGAUGACUUACUCAGUUUCUGGACUUCUCUAUCAAGUACCACUAAGGAACCUAUAGCAGAUAAAACUGUUAGCUAUUAUAUGUUGAGCACUACAGUGGAACAGGUGAAAGAAGAAAUAACUACUUACACUGACGAACAGUAUAAUAAGUUGUUUAAUGAACAAUUGGUACCAGUUCUUCCAACCAUUGAUGCCUCUGUUCUUGAUGAAAUACCUCAAAACAUAUCCUGCACAUCCUUAAGAGCAGUAAUGUCAGGUCUAAACAAAGGCUACUUUUACUUUCAAGACUCAAACAAGGAAGAUGUAACUGACUUUCUAAAUAAGGUGCUCAACAAAAAGGGAGAUGCUAGUUCUCCAGCAGACUCCUACUGCUCUUCCAGGCUAACCUAUACUGACUGGAUAAAGACAACCUUCUACAGCUUUACUGGUGAUGUUAAUUAUGCUGAACUAAAUAUGUACAGAGAUGGUACCGGCAAUCCUAUUGAGGUUCUUAACAUGCUGACUUCAAAGCAGACUGGUCAAAUGCUUGCAACAUCAGACAUACUGGAAAACAAAGCAGGAGUAGCAAAAGUCUUUGACUUCUUGUCAAAGCAGCCUGUGGAGUCUGUUAGACAAACAAUGGAAGCUUUUUCUUCUUCUGUAAAUGAGACUUCAGUAUCAAUUGAUGGCAGUAUCGGAAAAUUCAUCCUUUCAAAUUAUCUGUCUAUCAUGUCUUCUGAAAUCAACACAGCUUCCGUGGAAAGAAUUGAACAGAUAUUUGAUUCUGAAAUUAAUCCUCUUGUCCAGUUCUUUGAGAUAUCAACACUGACACUGCUAGUUCCUGCAGACUGUAGUCGUCUGGGUGCUUUUGUUUCAGGAUUUAAUACUGCAUAUGAACAACUGCCAGAAGGACCAAAGGCUGCUAUUGUAAACUGGAUUGUACAGUACAUUCAAAAUUUAAAAGGCUGUCAAGCACCUUCAACAGAAAUCUGGACCAGAGAAUACUGGGGGAAAUUUAUUCAAGAUGCUGACAUAUCUGUAGUACUCACUGUAAAUAAAAAGUACAAUGCCUUCGAAGUGCUAACACAAUUAAAUACCAAACAGCUGGCUGAAACGUUUGUAACGUCUGGAGGACUAAAAGAUGUUAGCAAAGCUGAAGCUAUCCUUGAUGCAGCUUUAAACACAGAAGAGCCACAACUUACAGAUAUUCAGUCAUUCUUGAAUGAUUUAAACUUCUACCUAAGCCAGCAACAUGUUCCUGGUAUAAAAUUGGAAGAAGUUAGAAAAGCAGUGGAAGUUAGGAUAUUUACCAAUAUGACAAUGUACUACAAUGAGUUUACAAAUGAAAAAUAUAAAGAAUAUUUUGAGGACUAUCUACAGCCUUUGCUUCCUAGUAUUGAUAAGACAGAAUUAGACGAAAUACCAAAUGACAUCAGCUGCGAAGCUUAUUUUUCCAUUGUAUCUGGGCUUAAUAAGGUCUUCGAACUUCUCAACUCAGAAAGACAGAUUAAUGUGUACAACUUCAUUGACCAAUAUUUGGAGAAUAAGGUUAAAGAUACAGGUAAAGCCUGCACUGAUUAUAUAGCUGACAGUAAUGACUUCCUUGAGCAGGUAUAUGGAAUGUUCUGUGCUUUUGCAACAGUUAAGGAGUUUGAAGGCUUCUACUCUUCUUUUAAUCCGGUAGAUACACUUCCCAAGCUAACUAGUAAACAACUGGCUGAGACCACUGUGGAAAAGAAAGCAUACAAUAAUGUCUUUACAACAGCAAAGAUAUUGGCAGAAGUACAACAAAAGCCAGUAGAUGAAAUACAUAUAUAUUACACCACAUUUGGAGACUUAAUGCAAUCGAAAAAGGUGGUCAUUGAAGAUACAAAUGCAAAAGAUCUGUUGUGGAGUGUAGCCAUCAACACUUUCAGUUCACGUUUUACGUCAUUUACAGAGACAGAUUAUGAAAACUUUUGCAAUUUUUCCAGUACUAUAAUCACAAGUAUCCAGAUUAAAGACCUCGAUUUAAUUCCAAAAGAUAUUGGCUGUGGCACACUUGCAAACUUUGUUAAACCACUUAGUGAUCAGUAUGAUCAAUUAUCCAGUGACCAGCGUAAUGCAAUACAAGGAAAAGUUAUCAACCAGCUCCAAGAAAUUUCUCAAAGAGAAGGUUCUGCGUGUACUAAAGGCAUCACUGACAAAGAAUGGGUAUCAACAUAUAUUGGAGAGUUUGUUCAAGAUACAAGUGUGACAGUAAUGACAAAAAUCAAUUCUAACCUAGAUGUUCUUGACAUUUUGACACAACUCGACACUGUGCAAAAAGUAGAUGUUGUAAUUCAAAAAGAUGCACUGCAAAAUGAGGAGACAUUCUUCAAGGUUUUUAAAACAGUGUCUGACACUAAAGAUCUGGGUACAUUCUUUGAUGAGCUGAAUUCAAAGUCACCGGAUAGCCUGAAAAAUUGUGACUUUGGUGGGGAAAUACUGUAUGAAGCAGUGAACCAACUGUCAACAGAAAUAACUACAUUUACAAAAGAAACCACAACAUUCUGGCUUGAUGUUCGGUUUGAAAAUAUUAUACAGAAUUUCAACAAAACUAUCCUUGAGAUAAUACCUAAAUCAAUCUCGUGUGAAACUUUUCAGACAAUAUCUGGAGCAGUCAAUCAGGCAUAUGAUGAAAUAGAAUCUGAAAACCGAAAGGGUAUUUACGAGUACUCUUAUGAUUAUCUCUCAACAAAAGUGAAUAAGAAAUCUUCUGUAGCUUGUGGAAGUACUUCUGAUGACAGCCGAACAUGGUUGCAAACAAAUAUUGGUCGAUAUUCAGAGCAUGCUGAAUAUGCUGAAUUAACGCACUUAAAGCAGAACUUUGAUGGGUAUGAGGUGAUUGACAUAUUGGUACCUAACCAAAUUGCAGACAUGGUUAUUGAGACCAACGCGCUGAAUGAUGAAGACAAAAUUUGCCAGGUUUUGACACAAGUUGACAAAAUGGAUGAAUCACAAGUCUAUGAAUUUUUAGUUCGUUUUGACUACACUGCUACAAAGAAACAGCUGCAAACUAUUAGUAAUGGUGCUAUAAGGAAGAACAUGCUACUUCACUUUAUCAAGUCGAUGAGCACAAACUCUUUAUUAUAUGACCCUGCUUCCUGGACAAAAUUACUACAGCCUCUAAACAUAUUCCUUGCUAGCAUUGAUGCUGAAGUACUGAGCUACAUGUCCCCAACAUCAUGUGAAUCAUUCCAAGUCAUAGUUCAACAUCUGAGUGAUGCAUACAGUUUUAUGACACCUGACAGUAUAAAUGCCGUCUAUGAAUAUUGCCUUAAUUUCCUGAAGAAUCAACUCCAGACAUCAGGCUCAGCGUGUGCAAAGAGUUCUGUAGCUAGCAGUAGCAGUGAUUGGUCAGCUAUGAACUUCGGAGCAUUUUCAGGACUCCUAAAUCCUGAUGACUUGAGCAAUAUAUUUUCAGAUUAUGACUGGAUGUCUCAACUGAGUACACUGAAUGCCAACCAGCUGGCUGGUCUUACUGCUAAGUCUGUGAACCUUGGUAAUGUUACGACUGUAACAUCCAUUAUGAAUGCACUGUCUGAACGUAAACCUCAAGACGGACUUGCCUUCCUUGCCUCAUUCAAGAAUCUUGCAGAAAAGGAAAAUGUCAAUUACAUCCAUCCAGAAUUAAGUGCUGUCAUAUUUAAAGCAGUAUUUCAGUCAAUCAUUCCUCUAGCUCCUUCAUUUGACAGUAUUCAAUGGGCAACUGUUUUUGGGACAGAGCUAUCACUCUUCAGUGCUGGUGUGACGAAGGACUUACUGAAUAGCAUGCCACAACAAAUAACUUGCACAAAUCUGCAGUCCAUGGUGUCUGGAUUCAGUCCAUUAGCUGCUGACAUGUCAGAAGAUGCACAACAGUCCAUGUAUGACUUCAUAAAUGGCGUUUUGACCCUCAAGAAAAAGAAUGGUUCACCAUGCACUGACAAUGCCAAAAAUGAUGCUGACUGGAUUCAAAAGAACUAUGGAGCAUUCAGAAUUAAUGCUCAAUACACAGACUACACAAGUGUAAACCCUAACUUUAAUGGCCUCAAUGCACUUGAAGUUCUCAGUCCAGCUCAGUCUGCGCAAUUAUGUUUCGUAUCUGAUGCUCUACAAAAUAAGAACAGUAUGGUGAAGAUUAUGAGUAAAAUGGAUACCGACAGUUUCUCAGAAUUUAUGACUGAAUUUAAUAUUAUCUUUCAGCAGAAAGGCUUGAGCUUCCCAAAUGUUGAUGUACAAAAAGCCAUGUUGUCUGAAGCCCUGUGCAUUCUAAGCAUGUCAUUCAGCAAUUUCUUGUCAUCAGACUACAAAGAAUGGUUCCAGGACAAGCUAAAGGUCUUUGUGAAUGUAAUUGAUAGCUCUCAUCUGGCGUCUUUAUCUAAAAGCUUGCCAUGCGACUCUUUGCAUGAACUAGUAAUAGCACUGGCCAAUGGCGCAGACAAAGCACCAUCAGAAGAUGUAUGUAACUACAUAACCACUAACCUCAAGUCUCAGCUUCAGGCUACAGGUUCUGCAUGUGCAUCCCAUGCCAGUGAUGACAGCCAAUGGCUGAACGAUUAUUUUGGAGGCUGUGCUAAGCAAGUGCAAUACUCAGAGUUGGUCAGCUUGAAAUCAGACUUCAAAGGAGCAGCUGUCGCAAGUCAGAUGUCCUGGAGCCAGCUAGGUGGAUUUGUAGCACAAAGCAAAACUUCAGUAACUCUUGUGUCUUCAGCUCUCAACGAAAUUCAUAGUUCAAGUGAUCAGGUCUUAGCUCUUGGAACCUUCCUUGAAAAUUUAAGGAGCAGUAUGGAUGCAAGUUCAACAUCAAUUUCGAAUGCCAAAGUGAACUAUGCAAUUGCUUCCAGUACCUUCAGUAUCUUAUCUACAAGUAUGGCUGACAUGGACGUCACAACACUUAAAAGCUGGCUGGAUCACCUGGGAGAAGCCCUGGCCACUUGUAAUAGCACACUGUUGGAAUAUGUACCUUACGACAUGUCAUGUGAAAACUUCCAAACAUUCGUGUCAUAUUUAAGCCGUUACUAUGGCCAAAUGCCUCCAGUACGACAUACACAGAUAUAUCACUAUCAGGUCGCAUUCCUGCUAAACAAAUAUAAUACAGACGGGUCUGCCUGUGAAGGAAACACUUCAGGGAUCAAGGACUGGCUGGCAAAGAACUUUGGUUCCUUCUGUCCACAAAUUCAGAUAUCUGAUUUUCACUCCAGUGUCGAUUUAAGCUCUGUAAGUCUGCCUGAUGACUGCCCUGCAGUUUGUUGAAAAUACACGUAACAUUCAAAAUGGCACUGACAUAAAUAGAUCUCAAAGGGUCAUGAUUUUGGAGUUUCUUUUUUUAAAAAACCUUUACCUAUGUUCUUUUCAAGCUGAGUUUUACUUGCUCACUUUGUGAUUUUGGGGGAAUUAAUAGGGUGCAGUGGAAACACUAGGCUCAAUCUACAUAUCUGGCAAAUACAGAGUCUGUACACUUCUAAUUUUUAUUACCAUUGCAUUGGUCACAGACACAAACGGACAAAACUAGAAGCAAGUGAAAAAGAAAGAUAGUGUGCCAUUGCUAAAACUAAUGGACCUUAAAGUGACCUUAGAGGACGUUUAAUCUGCUUUCUAUUAAUAAUUUACAACAAGAUACAGGCUACUACACAAUGGAUUUAUAUAAAAAAAAAAAUCACAUUUUGUAUUUUAUCUAAAUUUUGAAGUCUAUGUUGUAAAUUGUUUACAAACAGAAAUGAAGGGAGGUAUAGUUUUUACAUACCUUCAAAGUCCAGCAUCUUCAUACUUGUUUCUUUAUGUUUUAUGAAUCCAUGGCUCUCCAAUGUACCCAACUGGAUUUUCAAGCAUGCAGUAAACUAGUAAUAUGGCACUGAGCUACUUCUUACAUCACCUUUACCCAUUUACCUUCCAUGUCCCUUCUUUCUAAAAUUCAAUCCACUCAGUGACAUCCACCCCUUGACCAUCACUUUUUAGUUUAGUUUAAUCAGUAGCAAUAAGCAAUGCUAAACUUGUUACCAAAAAAAAUAAAAAGACUGUUUAAUCGGACAGAAAGAACUGUAUUAUAAUAGUUUUGUCACAGGUGCUUAUCACCUAACAUAUAUGCAAGAUCAUAAGACUGAAAGCUAAAAAUAAACUGACUGCUGAAUGCACACUGUACCUGGAUAUUGGUUGCUCACUCCUUCCUGUUUGUAGUCAUAAGGAUAGGAUAUGGACAGAUUUGCUGAGUGGCCUGUAUUGAAAGAUAUUAACUUGUUCUAUGCAAUGUAUCAUGGCAAACCAUCUAGCCAUGCAUUUCUGUCUCAUUUCAUUCAAUGAAUGCAGUCAUUGUUUUAAACAAAAUAAGUAUCAGCUGUGACCAAAUGAACUGCCUUUUCACAUGUAAUCAACUGCCUUUUGGUACCUCUACAACAGUACCGUACAACUGUGUACUUGUUACUUUAUGAAUGUAUCACUUCCUGCUGUACAGCUGUUUGUCUGCAUUGUAUAAUAAAAAAAAUCACACAAACUUA